AUGCAGUGGACCCAGAACUGGUCUUUCUGGCACACCAUUGGUCGCAGGCCUCCAGUCUGUUAUUUUUUUACCUCUGUGAAACAGGACACUUUGGAUUUAAACAAGGUGGAGUUUGGAAACACAGUGCCGUUUGUUCAACGCUUCAGACUAAUAGAUGAAAUUUCACGCACCAGGGCAGAACUUGAGCAGAAAUCUUUGGAGUUGAAGCUGCUAAAAUUGCAGAAUGACACAGCAGACAUUGCCCACCCGAUGUGUUUGGCUGAGAAGUGCAGUCAGCUUCAGUCAAUGAACAGCCAUUUGGAGACGAUCUUGCAAGAGACAGUGUCGCUGAAGCAGCGGUUAGUUCACCCUGUUUGCCAUCAGUGCCUCCCUGUUGAAGCCAAUUGUCACAGGUAUGUCUCUGAACUCCUGCCUAUGAUGGUUAAUUUCAUUGAGAAACUGGACUCCAACCUGCAGUUGAUAAAGACCAUACCUCAGGUGACCAAGAAAGUGAAGAUGAUGGAAAAUCUUGUUGCUAGAAUGGUAUCUGAGAUACUGGAGCUGAAGGAACUGCUAGAGUUGAUCAUCAGAUGGAGAGAACAGCAGAAGACUGGACUUGAAAGCCUGUGAUGUAAAUGACCCUUUUUUUGGUUUUGGCUGUCAAAUCAGAGAAUUUGUUACAAUUUUUUUUUUGCAUUUCUAGAAUUUAAUGUGUAAAUUCCUUGUGGGUAGUCUUGACAGCAGAAGUUAACCAGUGAUUGUGACUGGAAACACCCAGCUGCUUUCUAAUAUCAUCAAUUAUGGGGAGAAUUCAGGUUAACUGAGUGAAAGCAAGCAACUGACAACCGUACUAUCCACAGUUACAAGAAGUUUCCCAAGGCAACCUUUCCUCUUUUUGAUUACUUGAGUGAGGUACCAAAUCUUUGCAUUAGCCCACACAGCACGUGUUAGUAAGAGCUAAUGUACAGGUGUAGCUAAGUCUGGUCUUGGCCCUCCCCAGUGUUCAGCCCUGUGUAGCUGAACUGUGAAAAGGAGCAAACCCAAGACUGAUGUUUUCCAGCCACAUUCAAUAGUCCCUAAACAGGAAGAAACCAGGAACCUUCUGCUCACUGUCUUUGCUAUCAAAGGCACAUUUGGGAUCAAAUAAGAGCGUUGUACUGAUCCCAUGUGUACUGUGCACCUCAUCAGAGAGAGUCAGCCCCACAUAUAUAAAGCGCAUAGAGUAAUCUUUUGAGUGGAGUUGAUUAACUUAUUGAAUGUUAUGUUCUCAAUGACCUUGCCUUUCCUCAAAGAAUAAUGUUUGCAGACACAAUCUUGUAUAUUAAAAAUUGAUUACAGUAUGUUUUCUUGUAAAUAAAAUAUUUUUCUUUAGCA